AUGCGUCUUUGGCCGCCAUGUGGCGGACGGGUACUGACAAUAUCACAGCAGACACCGUCCAUCCGCCGCCGCAGCAUGGGCUCGCCGCCGCUGCCGUCAGCACACGGCGCUAUCGCCUUCGCGCUCGUCUAUUUUACCUUCUUUUUGGACAACGUUCUUCUGACUGUUCUAGUACCAAUCAUCCCAGACUGGGUGCGGGGCGAAUCAUUAGCGUUAUGGUCACAGCACGAUGCACCGCUUGUUGCGCUUCUCAACGAAACUGUACGACGUGCUACUGACGACGCGCCUGGGUCAGGACGCAUGCAAGCCGUGGUAGGGUUAGUGCUAGGUGCGAAGGCUGGUGCGCAGCUACUGGCAGCUCCGUUGUGCAGCGCAGCCGUGUGCCGCCACGGCGCCGCACCAGUGCUGCGAGCCGCUACCAUACUACUCGCCGCUGCUGCUACAACUCUGGGGGCAUGUGGCGCGGUAUCUGGUGGGGCGUGGUGCGUGGGUGCAGGGAGGGCGGCGCAGGGGGCGGGGGCAGCGGGCGCAGGGGUAGCAGGACUUGCAUUAGUAGCUGCCGCUACCGCGCCCGAUAACAGACAGCGAGCGCUCGGUGCUCUAUUGGGCGCUGUCGCACUAGGAUGGCGCGGUUUAUGUGUGGCGCGACGCGGCGCGGGUGGUGCGUGCGCGGGCGCCGUGUUACUCACAACUGCCGUCAUGGCCGCACUCGAGCCUUGUCUACCGCUCUAUCUUGCUGAAAAAUUCCACCCGCAGCGUUGGCAGACGGGUCUGGUUUUCGUCCCGGACAGCGCUGGGUACUUAGUAGCGGCGACGUUGGCGGGUGGCGCGGCGCGCAGGCUUGGUGCCGAGCGAGUGGCGCUCGUAGCUCAGGCCGCGGUGGGGGGCGCUGCCCUUGCACUACCUCAUGCACCCUCAGUGUGGUGGCUGGCGUUACCGCACGUAUGCCUAGGACUAGGCUUGGGCGCGGCGGACGCAGCACUGGUGCCUGCGCUAGCACAGCGUCGUCCACGUACGCUUCCGCACGUUGCCGCAUUACUUCAGGCCGCCUCCAGUGUCGCUUACACGCUCGGUACUGUUUGCCCUCUACUGCAGCCCCUUUAG